AUGAGAGCUUCUGGAGAUAAAACAGUCUUCUUGGACGUAUUGAGGGAUUUUCAGAAACAUUUAUCGGACGCGACAAUAACCGCCCUCGUGGAACUCUUCAAGGACGAGGACAGCUCCGUACGAUAUUGCGCCGCUGAAGCUCUAGGCAAGCAGUCGACGUUAUCAGAUGCAACCGUGGCCGCCCUUGUGGAACUCUCCAAGGACGAGGACAGUGACGUACGAGAGUCCGCCGCUGAAGCUCUAAGCAACCAGUCGACGUUAUCAGACGCGACUGUGGUCGCCCUGGUGGAACUCUUCAAGGACGAGGACAGUAACGUACGAAUGUCCGCGGCCAGAGCUCUAGGCAACCAGUCGACGUUAUCAGAUGCAACCAUGGCCGCCCUCGUGGAACUCUUCAAGCAUGGGGACAGAGACGUACGAGAGUCUGCCGCUGCAGCUCUAGGCAAGCAGUCGACGUUAUCAGAUGCAACCGUGGCCGCCCUUAUGGAACUCUUCAAGGACGAGGACACCAACCUCUAG